UUAUCUGCGAAAACGUAAACAACAGAACAGGUACAGGUGUAUAACCACCUCGGCAUCUACCGUUACAUCGAUCCACCACAGAGUGGCGAGAGUGUGCGUAUAGUGGACGCCUUUGUGUGACUUAUUGUUUUAUCUACGGGUUGGAGUGUGAGUGUGUGUUCGGGGGAGAGAGAGAGAGAAAGAGAGGUACUUACGAGGUCGUUUUCAGCAAUAAAUGUACCACAUUACGGACGGCGCUGCUAUCAGUGAAGAAACGCCGCUGAACCACGACGAAAGACACCUUCCGCGACAGCAGCAGCAGCAGCAGCAGAAGCGCAAAACAUCCUACCGACAUCUUGACCCUUCAGUGAUAAUACAUUCCGCGGGUGGUUCGAGUGAUAAUUCCAGCUCGAACGACAGCAAUUGCAGCAACUGCACGACCGAGUUCGGUAGCGAACAGCAGCCCAUCGUAGUAGCUGACCGGGGGACCAACAGCAGCAGCACCAGCCGCUCCCUCACCACCAUGGACGACACGAAGAAGGUGCUACUGAAAGUUGGGCUCGACUUUCUCAUCCUUUGCUGCGUUGGGUUUCCUAUUCUAAUCUUCUUCCUGGUCGGGGAUCCAUUUAAGCGGGGAUUUUUCUGCGAUGAUGAGUCACUGAUGCAUCCAUUCCAUGAUUCAACCGUGACGAACUGGAUGCUGUAUAUAAUCGGAAUCGCACUCCCGGUAAUUGUGAUUAUAAUCACGGAACUAUGCCGGGCGCGUGUGAAGAACUCGUCAGAAACGCAUCCGCUCAAGGUGUGGAAUACGGACAUUCCGUUCUGGGUCGUGCAGGCCUACAAAUCGAUCGGCAUGUUUGGAUUCGGAGCCGCCGUCAGUCAGCUGUUGACGGACGUCGGUAAAUACACGAUAGGACGCCUACGGCCGCAUUUCUUUGACGUCUGCAAACCCCGGAUGCCCGACGGUACCACUUGUGCCGACGCUAUCAAUCAAGGACGAUACGUAACGGACUUUGUGUGCACCAGCGAGAAAUCGUCUGCCCGCAUGCUGAAGGAAAUGCGCCUGUCAUUCCCAAGUGGACAUUCCAGUUUCUCGAUGUACACGCUUAUUUUCUGUGCUAUCUUUCUGCAUGCCCGCAUGAACUGGCGCGGCUCGAAGCUGCUGAAGCACUUUUUCCAGUUUCUGCUGAUCCUGCUGGCCUGGUACACCUGUCUGAGCCGCAUUUCCGACUACAAGCACCACUGGUCGGACGUACUGGCUGGGGGCGUACUGGGCGCAACGGUAGCGAUCGUCGUCUCCAACUGCUGCACCGACCUGUUCAGUGUCGCACGCAAACGCACGAUGAUGGCAGCUUCUUUACCACAGACGCGCUACGAGCUGAGCCCAAACCAUACGCACGGGAAUGGCAACUAAACGGAGGUAAAACGUGUUGCACCUUCAAUCUAUUGGAAUACUGGACCAUCGUAGAGAGAGUGCGAGUGUGUUUGUAUGUGUAGGGUGUGUGUAGAGGGUAUCGUGUCGAACUCGAUCGUCAAGUUCCUUGCCAAAUUGUGAAGGGUGGAGGAAAGUGAGCAUACAAUGCACUCUCGCUACACCUAGAGGCACCUACGUAUAUGGGAGUGCCAAAUGCGCCGUUUAAUAGUCGCAUCAAUUACUGCUGCUACCCAAAAACCCACGGUAAUAGCAGCAUUGCUAGAUGUAAUCGAAAAAACGUAGCAACUGUAGUGAGAAGUAAUUUAUUACGUUUAUUCGUUAAGCUUCCUAAACGUAUAUCGUGUAGGAGGAAAUUAUGUUAAUAUAUAUAUACAUGAUAGAGAAUAGCAGUAGCUCAGUCAUACUGACUGAUAAGACUAAAAGCCAACAUAGGAAAGACAUAAUACUUCAUCGUUGCUACUACUCGGGUUGGUGUCGCUGAGUUUGGUUUCCGAUUUGUCACUACUCAGCCCACUUUCCUCUACUAAGGCUGCUCUCAGUAAGAUACAACGAUCGUAGUAGAGUUUUCUAUUAGAGUAACACACAAUGGUUGUAUAUUUAUCAAAUUAACUAGAUGCAAUCACUUUUAUCUGCAACUAUCUUUGAAAUAAACGAACGAAACUAGAAGAUUUA